CCCUGUUCAGGUUCAGUUGGCAGUUGAAGGGCGCUAGCCGGUUUGGUUUAGCGUCCGGCAGCCAAAACUUCUGAAGUUCUGGAAGCCCAUGGCGGGGCGGGCGUUGCCAGGCAUCCUUGGUGACAUGAGUGUUUUGACUGAACAAAUAUCCGCGGAAAAUCAACAAGGAUUCUCCAUCAUUGAAUCUCGCUUUUACAGCAGCUCUAGUCCUCUUGUGACUGAUAUCCCUUAUGUCGUCCUCUUCAGCUUCUGCUUCCGAUCAAUAUCUACGCGACACCAACACGCGUCUCACUCAUCCUCUCACUCACCCAUCACCCAUCACCAUCACCAUGUCCUCCCCACUACGAACCUCACCUCAACCUCCAACCCUCGACGAUGAGAUAUCCGCCCUUCAAUCCAAAACCUCCACCCUCCUCACCAGCCCCUCCACCCUCGCCCUCCUGUCAUCCGACCCAAACCUCACCUCCCAAUCCUCCCUCCACCAAUCCCAUCACCUCCAAACCCUCUACCGCACCUGCGCAACCCUCACCCUCUUUCGCGCUCAGGACCCCGACCCCAACGCCGUCGACGCUGGCUCCAUCCUCGGUCUGAGGAUAGAAGUUGUUUCGAGAGCUAAAUUUCUCAGGCCGUACUAUGUCCUUUUCAACCGCCCCUGGGCGUCUUCCUCAUCCCUCCCAGGGCCGCAGAGGAAAUGGCUCAGGGUGCACAGACAUACUGUGCCAAGCUGUAUCCCCCUGUCUGGGUUAGCAGCGAGAUAUCUCCCCUCGCCGGAUAAGGAUGAUACAAGGAGGAAGCAGGAUCUGGGAAAAUUUGCCAGGGGAGUGAGGAGAGAGGUGGUGAGGUAUCAUGCCAGGUUGGGGACAGUGGCCGAUUUGAGGAAGGCUGCUGGGUUAGGUAGGGGAGGGGAUGGUGGGGAUAAGAGUGGACUGGUGGAUAUCAGUCCGGCGGAUGCGGAGGUUAGGCAUGUGAGCGUUGAGUGGGGGGACGGGAGGACGGGGAGGUUGGUGAUUGGGGAUGAUGGAGAGGUGGAAAAGUUGGUGGUGGUGGGGGAGAAUGGGAGGGACAGGGAGGCGGGGAGGGAGUUGCUUGGGGGGUUGGGGCUGGCGGGGACGGUGAAGGCGGAGGAGGUUGUGAGGAGGUUGGCGGGGACAGGGGGUGCCUGAGGGAGCGUACAGAAGAACGUGGGAAUGUGAGCAGAUGGGCUUCAAACACAUAAUGCGCAUAUUGGUAUGUGUUGUUUACAUUCCAACUUUAGGGCAUGCCGAGAGCAUCGCUAACGUUGAUUUAGAGAGACGCCAUGCCACACUUGCCGCCUCACCCCGCAAGCUCCUCGCCAGCUACACAGGACACACCAAGCCUUCGGGUCGAUACCAUCGAUCAACCCGACAAGCAGGAGCCACCGACCUACUUCUGAACCCUUCGACCAAAAACGGCCCCAGGGCUGGGCAAUUUAUCUCCUCCCCUCGAUACGAACUUUUUGACCUGCGUCAUACUAAGCGACUCGAUAUCACCGCACUGCCCACCUUCCAUGCCGCCUCUCGCUUGUCACUCUGUCGACCACGGCGGACCGAAUGUUUGGAUGAGAGUGACGCCAACGGGCGG